AUGUCAGGGGAAAAUCAGACCAAUACCACGUCCGAAUCAAUAUUCAAGUUUCGCGAAAUUAAUAUGUACACAACCGAAAAAAUGAAGACUUGCUCUGAAUUUGAAGACGAAUUUGAAGACGAACUUGAAAAAAUUCAGAGUAAGCAUGAUGACGAAUAUAAAGAGCUCGAGGAUAAACACGAUAAUGAACGUAAAAAACUUAAGCAAAGACAAGAUAAUGAACGUAAAAAACUUAAGCAAAGACAAGAUAAUGAACGUAAAAACCUUAUGAAAAGAUACAUCAGAAAACUUGCUUAUAAUCGAAAUAGACAAUCUUCCAGAAGACAAGGUACAAAAAGAUCAGUAUCUCGUUCAAGCACAUAUCCUACUCCUUCCUAUUCCUCAAGGAAACAACGGGAUAUAAAUCUAUCUCCAACUACUAAACAACCUAGUCAGCACUUAUCUUAUAAUAUUUGCCCAAGCAUUCCUUCUGGCUCUUCAAGAAAACCAACUACUGAACCACCGAGUCAGCAUUUAUCUUGCCAUAGUUCUUCUGAAGCUAAUCUCAAUCUAGAAGAAUAUCUCAACAAUGGUUUUUAUGAUUGUAUACUCAGCACACGUGAUCCUCCAGUCUUUAACGAAAUGAGAUAUCCGGACAAUUCACCGCUCGGUUAUUUAAUUCCUUCUUACACAUAUGAUUAUGAAAAUUCCACACUAAUCUCUAGAGAUGGCCAAAAGAAUAGCACAGGAAGUCAGUAUAGUAAUGUCGAUAUGACUAACACAAAUGAUGGAUCCUAUUUAGAUCGCAUGG